AUGAGUUCCUCAUCCUCAGACUCGCAUAACCCGCCAGCAGCGAAAUCGACGCCAGGCACAUUACACUACAUCCCACCCAAUCUCAGCGCCUUCGAACCGACCAAACCACUCGUCCGCUCCCUCAACAUCAACACGCUGCUAUGGGUCGGUGGCAUGUUCGACACUCUCCAUUCCGUCCAAUAUCCCUUCACCAUCGCCCAAUCGCUAGGUCCAACAUGGUCUGUCAUGACAGCUUCUCUAAGCUCAGCGGGCCACAGUUGGGGUGUAAGCAGCAUAGCAAAAGACGCCGAAGAGAUGGCCAAAUUUGUUGCCUAUCUGCGUGAAAGACGGCCUGGGGGGAAAGUAGUCAUCAUGGGUCACAGUACAGGUUGUCAGGAUUGUAUGGAAUAUCUCGUGGGCAAGAAUGCCAGUGCACGGCCAGCUGUUGAUGGAAUCAUUCUACAAGCGCCUGUCUCCGAUCGAGAAGCUUUGGAAGAUGAACUUCCACAGACCAUCAAGGAUGAGGCUGAUCAGCUCGCACUGAAAAUGUGUAGAGAGAAACACGGUGCGGAAUGCAUGCCGAGUCGUCUGUCGAAACCAGUCUUUGGACACAUGGGAAUCACUGCGAAGCGCUGGGUGGACGUCUCGAGCCCGGGGCCAGAUCAUACUGGUGCAGAUGACUAUUUCUCCAGCGAUUUGUCCGAGGAGAGGCUCAAGACUACUUUUGGGAAACUCCCCGCUAGCGCUCCGCUGUUGAUACUUUGUAGCGGCGCGGAUGAGUCUAUGCCAGAUAAGAUCGACAAGGAGAAGCUCGUCCAGAGGUGGAUGGAUGUGGUCAAGGCGUCGGGAGGCUGUGUUGAUGAGUCGAAUGGAGCGAAGCCUGUUGUAGGCGCCUCUCACAGUCUUAAUGACAGCUCCGAGGACGUGGUAGCUGAGCUCGUGGGCAGAGUUGUGCGAUUCAUUGCUCAAAUUGACAAUGGUGGCUUUCAGAGUAAUACAGGCGCUCGUACUUGA